CAGCCCGCCAAGCUUCCGGUGCCGUUCUCGCAGGCCCAGAGCCUUUGUUCUCACACGGACCCAGCGCCGCGCGUCGACACGUUUCGGCAGUGUCCCACCGUAGAUAAACAAAAGAAUAUACAGGUGAACCGAGACGCGGCGGGAACCCGAAUGGCGAACACCUCGGAAACGAUGUCGGCAACUCCGCCUGAUCGCCGCGCCAACCCGGGUCCCAAACCCGAGCCUGCGCCACCGGACGAGAUGCGUAGCCGGGAACAGGUCGUGACCAAGCCGAUAGAGACGCCACCUACGCCGGCCAACUCACCGAGAGCCGACCGCACCGCGGAGUACCCCCAGGCAGUGCCAGCGCAACGCGAGUCUGCCAAUGCCGUGGCCGAUUCCACUGCAGAUGAGCCGGCGAAGCACGAGAGCGGUUGGAGCAGCGCCGGCAAGCCUCACGCCUGUCACAUCUGCAGGCGCCGUUACUGCUCCGUGGAGUGGCUGCGCCGGCACGUCGUCACCCACGAGCGAGGGAAACCGCUCAGGUGCGAUCGCUGUGGUCGCUCGUACAUGAUGCGACCGGCACUCGUAAAGCACAAGGCAAACGUACACGGCGUGUAAUGCCUCUAAUGCGUUC